CAGAAAGAACAGUAAAAAUGCAGGCAGGGCGCCGGACAAAGCACUCGGGACAAAAUUGUACUGAGUGAAUGUCACUUUUAAAAUUUUUUAAUUUCCUGCCAGUUCCAUCCCCCGUACGGUACGUCCCGACGUCGCAGGGAACGGAACCUGGAAGACGGAUGUCAGCAUCGGCCGGAGGAGAUGGUUGGGGACGCUGGCAGGGGGGACAUCGCGCGGGAGUGCAGGACAAGGUAAGUGCAGAGGAAAUCCCCGAGCAAUGCUGCAGUGUAUUCCUGAGUGUAGCUCAGGGUUACCGCUUUUGG